AUGUGGUACGAUGUGCCCUUUGGAGCGGCUUUCAUGAGAACCCUCCACACUCCACACUGGCCUUCCACCCCCUUCAUCCUUGUGCUUGGAAUGUUGAUCAGAGUUUGCCAUAUUGUUACACAGUCCUCCUCCCUCGGUCUUACCACAGUCUCUCUCUUGCCCCGUAAGAUUCAUCUGCCCUCUCCCUGGUACACAUAUUUCACUCGACCCCUGCCACCCCGUCGUGCCACUCGAGGCGUUCUUCGCCCUCCCCUGCGUCUGGGUGACUAA